AUGGCCCGCGCCCAGGCUCUCGUCCUGGCGCUCACCUUCCAGCUCUGCGCACCCGAGACCGAGACUCCGGCAGCCGGCUGCACCUUCGAGGAGACGAGUGACCCAGCGGUGCCUUGCGAGUACAGCCAGGCCCAGUACGACGACUUCCAGUGGGAGCAGGUGCGGAUCCACCCCGGCACCCGGGCGCCUGCGGACCUGCCCCACGGCUCCUACUUGGUGGUCAACGCUUCCCAGCAUGCUCCAGGCCAGCGGGCCCAUGUCAUCUUCCAGAGCUUGAGUGAAAACGACACCCACUGUGUGCAGUUCAGCUACUUCCUGUAUAGCCGGGAUGGGCACAGCCCGGGCACCUUGGGCAUCUACGUGCGUGUCAAUGGGGGUCCCCUGGGCAGUGCUGUCUGGAAUAUGACUGGAUCCCACGGCCGACAGUGGCACCAGGCUGAACUGGCUGUCAGCACCUUCUGGCCUAAUGAAUACCAGGUGCUGUUUGAGGCCCUCAUCUCCCCAGACCGCAGGGGCUACAUGGGUCUAGAUGACAUCCUGCUUCUCAGCUACCCCUGCGCAAAGGCCCCACAUUUCUCCCGCCUGGGCGACGUGGAGGUCAACGCGGGCCAGAACGCUUCCUUCCAGUGUAUGGCGGCGGGCCGAGCAGCGGAGGCCGAGCGUUUCCUUCUGCAGCGACAGAGUGGGGCCCUGCUGCCUGCGGCCGGCGUGCGGCACAUCAGCCACCGGCGCUUCAUGGCCACCUUCUCGCUGGUCGCCGUGAGCCGCGAGGAUCAAGACCUGUACCGCUGCGUGUCCCAGGCCCCGCGUGGAGCCGGCGUCUCCAACUUCGCGGAGCUGAUUGUCAAGGAGCCCCCUACCCCCAUUGCACCCCCGCAGCUGCUGCGCGCCGGUCCCACCUACCUCAUCAUUCAGCUCAACACCAACUCCAUCAUCGGGGACGGGCCGAUCGUCCGAAAGGAGAUUGAGUACCGCAUGGCGCGUGGCCCGUGGGCCGAGGUGCACGCCGUCAGCCUGCAGACCUACAAGCUGUGGCACCUCGACCCCGACACGGAGUACGAGAUCAGCGUGCUGCUCACGCGCCCGGGUGACGGUGGCACCGGCCGUCCCGGGCCGCCCCUCGUCAGCCGCACCAAGUGUGCAGAGCCCAUGAGGGCCCCCAAAGGCCUGGCUUUUGCUGAGAUCCAGGCCCGCCAACUGACCCUGCAGUGGGAACCGCUGGGCUACAACGUGACACGCUGCCACACCUAUACCGUGUCUCUGUGCUAUCACUACACGCUGGGCAGCAGCCACAACCAGACCGUCCGGGAGUGUGUGAAGAUGGAGCGGGGUGUCAGCCGCUACACCAUCAAGAACCUACUGCCCUACCGGAACGUCCACGUGCGGCUCGUCCUCACUAAUCCUGAGGGGCGCAAAGAGGGCAAGGAAGUCACCUUCCAGACAGACGAGGAUGUGCCUGGCGGUAUCGCGGCUGAGUCCCUGACCUUCACUCCGCUGGAGGACAUGAUCUUCCUCAAGUGGGAGGAGCCCCAGGAGCCCAAUGGCCUCAUCACUCAGUAUGAGAUCAGCUACCAGAGUGUUGAGUCAUCAGACCCGGCGGUGAACGUGCCGGGCCCACGGCGUACCAUCUCCAAGCUCCGCAACGAGACCUACCACGUCUUCUCCAACCUGCACCCGGGCACCACCUACCUGUUCUCGGUGCGGGCCCGCACAGGCAAAGGCUUUGGCCAGGCGGCACUCACCGAGAUCACCACCAACAUCUCAGCGCCCAGCUUUGAUUAUGCUGACAUGCCGUCGCCGCUGGGCGAGUCUGAGAACACCAUCACCGUGCUACUGAGGCCGGCGCAGGGCCGCGGGGCGCCCAUCAGUGUGUACCAGGUGAUUGUGGAGGAGGAGCGGCCGCGGAGACUCCGGCGGGAGCCUGGCAGCCAGGACUGCUUCCCGGUGCCGCUGACCUUCGAUGCGGCGCUGGCCCGGGGCCUGGUGCACUACUUCGGGGCCGAACUGGCGGCCAGCAGUCUGCCUGAGGCCAUGCCCUUCACCGUGGGUGACAACCAGACCUACCGUGGCUUCUGGAACCCACCGCUUGAGCCCAGGAAGGCCUAUCUCAUCUACUUCCAGGCAGCAAGCCACCUGAAGGGGGAGACCCGGCUGAAUUGCAUCCGCCUCGCCCGGAAGGCCGCCUGCAAGGAAAGCAAACAGCCCUUGGAGGUGUCCCAGAGGUCGGAGGAGAUGGGACUCAUCCUGGGCAUCUGUGCGGGGGGCCUUGCUGUCCUCAUCCUCCUGCUGGGGGCCAUUAUUAUUAUCAUCCGAAAGGGGAGAAACCACUAUGCCUACUCCUACUACCCGAAGCCAGUGAACAUGACCAAGGCCACCGUCAACUACCGCCAGGAGAAGACCCACAUGAUGAGCGCCGUGGACCGGAGCUUCACGGACCAGAGCACCCUGCAGGAGGACGAGCGGCUGGGCCUCUCCUUCAUGGACGCCCACGGCUACAGCCCCCGGGGAGACCAGCGCGGCGGUGGGGUCACUGAGGCCAGCAGCCUCCUGGGGGGCUCACCACGGCGGCCAUGCGGCCGGAAGGGCUCCCCAUAUCACACGGGGCAGCUGCACCCCGCGGUGCGUGUGGCCGACCUCCUGCAGCACAUCAACCAGAUGAAGACGGCCGAGGGCUACGGCUUCAAGCAGGAGUACGAGAGCUUCUUUGAAGGCUGGGAUGCUACAAAGAAGAAAGACAAGGUCAAGGGUGGCCGGCAAGAGCCCAUGCCUGCCUAUGAUCGCCACCGAGUCAAACUGCACCCGAUGCUGGGCGAUCCCGACGCUGACUACAUUAACGCCAACUACAUAGACAUUCGGAUAAACCGUGAAGGUUACCACAGGUCAAAUCACUUCAUAGCCACUCAAGGGCCAAAGCCUGAGAUGGUCUACGACUUCUGGCGCAUGGUGUGGCAGGAGCACUGUUCCAGCAUCGUCAUGAUCACCAAACUGGUGGAGGUGGGCAGGGUGAAAUGCUCUCGGUACUGGCCGGAGGACUCCGACAUGUACGGGGACAUCAAGAUCACGCUGGUGAAGACGGAGACUCUAGCCGAGUAUGUCGUGCGCAGCUUUGCCCUGGAGCGGAGAGGCUACUCUGCCCGCCACGAGGUGCGCCAGUUCCACUUCACGGCCUGGCCGGAGCACGGCGUCCCCUACCACGCCACGGGGCUGCUGGCCUUCAUCCGGCGUGUGAAGGCCUCCACACCCCCUGAUGCUGGGCCCGUGGUCAUCCACUGCAGCGCGGGCACUGGCCGCACGGGGUGUUACAUCGUUCUGGAUGUGAUGCUGGACAUGGCGGAGUGCGAGGGCGUCGUGGACAUCUACAACUGCGUGAAGACCCUCUGCUCCCGGCGCGUCAACAUGAUCCAGACUGAGGAGCAGUACAUCUUUAUCCAUGAUGCAAUCCUGGAGGCCUGCCUGUGUGGGGAGACCACCAUCCCUGUGAGCGAAUUCAAGGCCACAUACAAGGAGAUGAUCCGCAUUGACCCUCAGAGUAAUUCCUCCCAGCUGCGGGAGGAGUUCCAGACUCUGAACUCGGUCACACCACCGCUGGAUGUGGAGGAGUGCAGCAUCGCCCUGCUGCCCCGGAACCGGGACAAGAACCGCAGCAUGGAUGUCCUGCCGCCUGACCGCUGCCUGCCCUUCCUCGUCUCCACGGACGGGGACCCCAACAACUACAUCAAUGCGGCCCUGACUGACAGCUAUACCCGGAGCGCGGCCUUCAUCGUGACCCUCCACCCGCUGCAGAGCACCACCCCCGACUUCUGGCGGCUGGUCUACGACUACGGGUGCACCUCCAUCGUCAUGCUCAACCAGCUGCACCAGUCCAACUCCGCCUGGCCCUGCCUGCAGUACUGGCCGGAGCCAGGCCGGCAGCAGUAUGGCCUCAUGGAGGUGGAGUUCGUGUCGGGCACAGCGGACGAGGACUUGGUGGCCCGAGUUUUCCGGGUGCAGAACAUCUCUCGGAUGCAGGAGGGGCACCUGCUGGUGCGACAUUUCCAGUUCCUGCGCUGGUCCGCCUACCGGGAUACGCCUGACUCCAAGAAGGCCUUCCUGCACCUGCUGGCGGCGGUGGACAAGUGGCAGGCAGAGAGCGGGGACGGGCGCACCAUCGUGCACUGCCUAAAUGGGGGCGGCCGCAGCGGCACCUUCUGCGCCUGCGCCACGGUCCUGGAAAUGAUCCGCUGCCACAACCUGGUGGACGUUUUCUUUGCUGCCAAAACGCUUAGGAACUACAAACCCAAUAUGGUGGAGACCCUGGAUCAGUACCACUUCUGCUAUGACGUGGCCCUGGAGUACCUGGAGGGGCUGGAGUCAAGAUAG